AUGGCCUCCCUUGCUGGUGUUUCCGACCGUGAGAAGCUCGACGCCCUGUGCCAGAAGACGCACAAGGAGCAGGCGGUGUGGUUCCUGAACGCGUUCUGGGAGACCUUCGCCCAGGCCGAGGCCGAGAACGUGUGGAAGGUCGUCCACAAGUGCUUCGAGCUCGACGCCGCGGGCAAGGAGGGCAGCCAGCUCGACGAGCUCCAGGCCCACCGACUCCUCGAGUACUGCCAGGACACGCACACCGUGGCUACUCUGAGGGAGAAGCUGAGGGCCUCGGGCGCCAUCGAGGGAACCCCCAAGAAGGUCCCCCUGACGCACAUCCUCGUCACCAAGCACGGCGUCGACUGGCACGCCCUCAUCCACGCCCCCCAGGGCUCGAGGGAGGAGGUGGUCAAGGCCGAGCAGAUGUUCUCCUCCGUCCAGGCCCUCUUCGCCUCCGCCGCCGCCAAGCAGGCCCAGUCGGUCGAGGCCCUCGCCGCCGCGUCUGCGGCCGAGGCCGAGGCCAAGUCCCGCGAGGAUGCGUCGAAGGCCGCAGCCGCCGAGGCCGCCUCGCGGGAGGCCUCCGCCAAGGCCAGCGAGGCCGAGGCCCGCGCCAAGGAGGCCGAGGCCAAGGCCAAGGAGGAUGACGUGCUCGCCGUCAAGGCCGAGCUCGAGGCCGCCCUGAACGACCUCAAGGCCCAGGAAGCCGCCCACAAGGCCAAGACCGACGAGCUCACCAGGCUCAGCGAGGAGGGCAACGUCGUGGCCAAGAACAAGGCCAAGGCCGAGCUGGCCCAGCACCUGGCCCAGGACCCCCUCGCCCUCCAGAAGGCCAAGAUCACCCAGGAGGUGCUCGUCAAGAAGGCCGACAAGGCCGCCCAGGUCGCCAAGGGCGCCACCGACGAGGCCUCGCGCGCCAGGGCCUCGGCCGAGGCCUCUGCCAACAGCGCCUCGCAGUCCAGGGCCGCCGCCGACGCUGCCGCCAACCAGGCCGCCGAGGCCACCGCCGCCGCCCAGGCCGCCCGCGCCGACUCAGAGAAGGCCAAGGCCGCCGCCGAGGCCGCCGUGGAGGAGGCCAACAGGAAGAUCGCUGAGGCCGACGCCUACCUCGAUGAGGCCAGGAAGAGGCUGCCCCUCGGCGCCAACUGGUGGAUGGACCGCGAGCUCACCGAGGCCAAGGCCUACCUGCCCAAGAGCAAGGGCGGCAUCUCCAAGAACUAA